AUGAAGCUCGCGAGGGUCACGAACCAUACGCACUGGUGGGUGUUCGAAGCCUUCGAAUUGAUCGCCAGCGACUAACCGCUGACUCGCCUUGCAGGUUCGGCGUAGCCCUCCUCUUCAUAUCCUCAAUCCUCCUCCUCAUGGUCACCAUAAGCGCCCCCGUCACUCAUCAUCUUGGCAAGAGCACCCGGAUACCAUCCGCAUCCGCACUCGCCCACUGACUCGUCGCCGCAGGUCUCCUCUCCGUCCAACUCGGCAACACCACCACCGACCAAGGCCACCAGUCCACAAUCCACUUCGGUACCUUGGGCUACUGCACCAGUAACACCGCGUACGCACUGCCUCCCUCCCUCCCUCUCCACAUCUCCCUCCGCCUCCUCCUCCUCCUUCUCCUCCUAUACUAACGGAACCUUUCCACAGACAAGGCGGAGACGUCUGCACCGGCCGCCACAUCGGCUACAACCCAGCACACGUCAUGGCAAGCAUCGACAACACCCAAUUCGGCUACCUCUCCGCCGGCACUUCCGACUCCCUCACGCGCGUCAUGGUCCUCCACCCGAUUGCCUGCGGCGUGACCUUCAUCGCCUUCCUGCUCUCCAUCGGCGCCGGAAUCGUCGGUUCCCUGGCAAGCUUCUUCGCCGCCCUCCUCGCCUGGGCCCUGACGUUCAUCGUCAUGGCGACCGACUUCGUCCUCUUCGGAAUCGUCCGUCGACACGUCAAUGACGGCCAGGGAAGCCCUGCGCAGGCGCAUUUCAGCAAGGCCAUCUGGAUGCUGGUGGUGGCGUUCUUGCUGGAGUUGCUGGGAAUGGUCAUUGUGCUGUUCACCUGUCUCAGUGCGAGGAGGACGAAGAAGAAAGGCUGA